GUCAACUUUAAUCCUCCAUAGCCAUGGCAGCAAACGCCGCGAAACGAGUAUUGGUAGUCGCAGGUCUAGGUACUGGCGCUGGGACGGGCGCAGCAACAGCACGUUUGUUCGCCCAGAAGGGGUACAACGUCGCCCUCAUCGCCAGGGGUGCUGAUUCUGUCAACAAACUGUCAGAGGAGAUCAAUGCGGCUGGCGGCAAGGCAGCGCCAUUCACUGUGUCCUCGUAUUCAUCGGGGGACAUCUCAACCGUAUGGUCGGACAUUCGCAAACGAUUCCCGAAACCCGAAUAUGACAUUCGAGCGGCGGUUUGGAACGCUGGAGAAGGCAUCUGGAAACCUUUCCUCGAAAUCACAGCCGACGAUGUCCAACGGAGUUUAGACACAAACGUUGCCGCUGCUUUUGCGUUCUCUCGCGAGGCCAUCCUGUCAUUCAAAGGGAACGACAUUGAUAGCUCCAAUGGAAAGCGAGGUAUACUCAUUUUCACUGGAGCAACUGCCAGUUUGAGAGGCAACGUCACGACAAGCGCGUUCGCAGCUGGGAAACACGGGGCUCGAGCACUGUCCCAAAGCCUGGCGAAGGAGUUUGGCAAAGAUAACAUCCACGUUUCUCAUGUAAUAAUUGACGGAGGCAUCUUGACGGAUCGUUCUCGACAAUAUAGAAACGACCCCAAAUGGGAACAAAAUGAAGAUGUGAGAUUGAACCCUGAGAGCAUUGCCAAUUCAUAUCUCUAUCUCGCGAACCAAGACAGGUCGGCCUGGACCUGGGAGCUCGAUUUGCGCCCUGCCCACGAGAAAUGGUGAAGGAAUGUCGUUCACAGUAUGCAAGAAUUUCGACCAAAUGUAUCGUCGGUACCAGAAUACUGAUCCGUUUAUCCUACAA